GCACGGACAUCCAAAUCGGGCGCUCAAUCGGGCUUCAGUACUUGGGCUUUUUUGCAAGAGGAUUUACAUACCGCUUGAACAUCUGACCGCUUUAUCAGCCGAGCCGAGCCAGAUUCCAAUUUUAGGCCUCUUCCCAUCACGCAAGGCACGCCAAGCACAUUGCAAGGCAUGCCAAGCACACGAAAGGUGUGCCAACUCAUGCAGGCGCUUGUCCAGAGGCUCGUCUUUUGGCUCGGUACUUGGGGUUCCAGGACAGUGCUCGGUCUGCGCUUGAUAGGCGUUGUUUGACGAGGCGGUUGAUGAUAGAAUCAGGCAGUAAUAUCACGGCUUUCAGAUCCAAUACUCCUUCCCAUAUUGGAAUUCCCUUCAAGACACAUUCAUAUAAGGCCGAAUGACCUUCGCCGGAAUCUCUCCUUUCAUCCCCUAGGCCUUGGUAGCUUCGGCUUUUUGGUUCCUGGACGUGUCGUGGUAAAUACCUGAACUGAAGGAUGUCGUCUUCUCAAUCACGAGCGGCCCACUCAUCUUGGCCUCAUAUCACGAUGGAUUCAAUUGUAUGUCAAACGCUUCUUUUCUCUUUGCUCUUUCUAGCGUAUGGAGCGGACAAAGUGUUAGCGCAAGAUACGAACGCCACCUGUCUCCCCAGCUUUAACUGGGCGUUGAAUAGUGCCAAAGAAAACCCGUGUAAGGUUGCGUCAGAACUCCAAGCAGUGUGUGACGGGGGAUCGAUUGUGGUCUCCCUCCCGCCGGGAUAUCACUAUAUUGGUCCGGUGAAGGGUAGCGAGACAAAUGCUCCAAACUAUUGCGCUUGCACCUCCAUUGUGUACGAGCUAAUGUCGGCGUGUGGGGCAUGCCAGAACCGGACAUUCAUAUCGUAUCCGGCUUGGACGAUCGACUGCACCAAUAUCUCGACCACCGAGGGUGAGUACAACCCGUCAUUGAUUCCUAGUGGCACUCUUGUGCCCCGCUGGGCUUAUCUUAAGCCUUCCAGCUACGGUGGACUAUUCAACAUAGAGAUUGCGAUGCAAAUUGGCGACGCACCCGAAAGUUCGCGGUCAUUGUCAUUGAACACGACAUCUUCCACCACCACCACAACCCCCACGCUGACUCUAUCGGGAGGCACAGAUCUGACAACAACAACCUUCCCUACUUCUACGGUCAACACCUCUACGACCCAACAUUUCUCCACUCCCACUCCCACUCCUACUCCUCGAGGUGGCAGUAGAGGCAGAAGCUCGAACACCGGCGCGUUCAUGAGAGGUGUGGUUGGGGGGUUGGUUGGCCUUGCUCUGGUCACAGUUAUGUGACGGAACCAAGUGCGGACUCAUGCGAUACGGGAUCUCAGCCGCGAAUGCGCAAUUCGUCGCGUGUCUAGAACCCCCCCAUCCCAACCCUAGGAGGAAUAAAGUGACCAUCCCGAGGCUUGAUCGUUUCAUUCUUCUGUAGUAUUUAGAAUUUUUGGAAGUGGCGCAAUCAUGGCUCAGUUUGUAUUCCCUGAUUGUCCACCACUUUUUAGCGUUUCCAUCAUUUUCAUCAUGCUCCUACUCGUUUCGGAAUUUGAUUGUGUAGCAAGUCGUGACACAGGUCUUGCUAGAGUAGGGACUAUUUUUUAUAAAGUUGUUGAGAUUCAACACUGUAUAGCUAGGUACCUGUUUGGCGCUUCGCUUGGAUUAGCGAUGCAGUAACAUGUUCUAGCAUAACACACUAUUACUGUUGCUGGUAACACGGAC